AUGCUCACUGAACCAUCAAAACAUGCAUGGACACCUAUAGGUAUUGGCGGUACAACAUCGAAUGUUUCUAAUGGCAUUGGCUAUCACACAACCACAACGCCUUCAUCUACAUCAUCAUCAACUUCAUCUACCAAUGCUGGUGGUGGUAGUUCAAGAAUAAAAAAUGGAUAUGAUAAUGGAUCAGGUCGUGGAAAUGAUUCCGGCUCGAAUAACAAUCACCAUCAUCAGCAACAACAACAACAACAACAACAACAACAGCAACAGCAGCAGCAACAACAACAACAACAAUCAUCACCAUGGUCAUCAUUGGUUAAAUCUGAAUCACCACAUGAAUUAAGAGAUCCUUAUGCAACUUUUACAAGUCAAUCAUUUUUUCCUCAUAAUUCUCAUCGAUUUGGUGGAGGAGCUUCUGGCACAGGUCAAAUACAGUUAUGGCAAUUUUUACUUGAACUUUUAGCUGAUGCUAGUGCAAAUGCAAAUAUUAUUGCAUGGGAAGGUUCGAAUGGUGAAUUUAAAUUAAUUGAUCCAGAUGAAGUUGCACGUCGUUGGGGUGAACGAAAAUCUAAACCAAAUAUGAAUUAUGAUAAAUUAUCACGUGCAUUACGUUAUUAUUAUGAUAAAAAUAUCAUGACAAAAGUUCAUGGUAAACGUUAUGCAUAUAAAUUUGAUUUCAAUGGUUUACAUCAAUUAAAUCAACCACAAUUACCUGAAUCACCUUAUGCAAAAUAUCAACAAGAAAUGAUGCGUUCAUCACAUGCUCAUGCAGCUUAUUUUAAAUGGAGUGCAUUAAGUUCAGCAGCAGCAACAUCAUCGACUGUUCAUAUGCCUCAUCAUUCUCAUCAUCAUCAUCCAGCAGCAGCAGCUACAACAGCUUAUACAAAUUAUUGGAAUCAUCCAACUACAUAUGACUAUGCAGCUAAUUUUACUACACCUAAUCCAUAUUUAUCAACAUCAUAUUGGGUUAGUCCAACAGCAAGUACAACAUCAUCAUCAAUCACAACUGGAACAGGAGGACUAUCAUCAACAAGCACAGCAUCUACUGCCAUUUCUCCCUCAUUACCCUAUUGA